AAUAACAAAUCCCUACACAUCCUUAAAUCAGUUUUGGUUUUUCAUCCCCAAAAGGAAGCAAUUAAAAUUAUGGGAGCCAACUUUUCCACUUUCGAGUUUGUAGAAAAAUCAUCACACUCAUCGCUGGUCCUCACCUUCCAUUCCACUGCUAAAUGGAAGGCUCACUUUGAUGCCUCCAAAGAAACAAACAAGCUGAUGGUCAUCGACUUCACUGCUACGUGGUGUGGACCUUGCAAAUACAUGGACCCAAUUAUCAAAGAAUUUGCUGCAAAAUACACAGACGUCGAGUUCAUUAAGAUUGAUGUGGAUGAGUUAAUGGAGGUGGCCGAGGCUUUUCAGGUGCAAGCAAUGCCAACAUUUAUACUAAUUAAGAAAGGUAAAGUAGUGGAAAAGGUGGUGGGAGCCAAAAAGGAGGAGCUGCAGAAGCUGAUUGAGAAACGCAGGAAUUGAGUUUAAGUUUGAGUACAUGUGUACUGAUCUAUCUUGUACUGUAACAAUAAAAUCGUGAUCGAUGGCUUUGCAACAUACAUUCCAAGUACUGUUAGAGAAAAUAAGAUCAAGUGUAUUGAUCAUAAAAAAAAGACUAAGUAUAUUGGUCUAAGGUGGUGCUGUCUGCCAUGAGCAUGACACUAUGACAUUGUAAUUAAUGUGUAAAUCUAGCUGUACCAUAUGUCUAGUAUGUAUGCAUACGUAUUGUACCAAGGUGAAGCUAUUAUUUUAAUUCUAAUAAGUUGUAUAAUUAUAUAUUU